CAAACAUAUCAUUCCAUCAUCCAUUUCUACUUCAUCUUACUCAGUAUAACAUCAAGCAGCUAGGUUUUACCUUCAAAUAUUUAACAUGAAUCCUGCUUCCAACCCGAAUGCUCAGUACUCGUCGAAUGCUCCUACCUCGUGGUCCACCGGCCUCUUCGACUGCUUCUCCGAUGUUCCUAACUGUUGCCUAACAUGUUGGUGCCCCUGCAUUACUUUCGGACAAAUUGCUGAGAUCGUCGAUAAGGGAUCAUCUACUUGUACUACAACCGGAGCUUUGUAUGCACUACUAGCGUUUGUAACAGGGUGUCCAUGCUGUUAUUCAUGCUGUUAUCGUACUAAGAUGCGAAACCAGUACAUGUUGAAAGAAAGCCCUUGUGCGGAUUUCUUAGUUCAUUGUUGUUGCGAGGCAUGUGCAUUGUGUCAAGAACACCGUGAGCUUCGCAUCCGUGGUUAUGACAUGUCUCUUGGGUGGGAAGGAAACAUGGAAAAACAAAACCGCGCAGUGGCGAUGGCACCAAAAUUCGAAGGAGGAAUGAACAGAUGAAGUUAAAAACGCCAAUGCAUUGUCUCCGAACUUCAUUAUUUGUGCUUGAUUUCUGCAUAUGAUACGUAAAAUAAACACUGUUUGUAUUAAUUUUUUUCUAUAGAGUAAAUGUGAUAUAUUAUCGUAUAUUUACACACUUGUAAAACUUCAUUAUUUAAACUUCUUCUGUGCAUAAAACGUAGUACAGUCCAGAAACACUGUUGUUAUAUUCUUUUC